CCCUCCUGAGAGACCAUGUGGGCCAGGGUCCUUCUCCUGGGGAUGCUCCUCUCCUUCUCUGCUGACCUCGAUGCUGCUGGACAUGAUGGGGGUCAAGAGAGCCAGACGCCUCUGAACAAAGACUGCGAGCUCCCGCCAGACAAAGGUCCCGCUGACAAUUUAGAACUUCGCUGGUUCCACAACUCAAAGUCCAAGAGGUGCGAACGUUUCUUCUAUGGAGGCUGCUAUGGGAAUGCUAACAACUACAAGGAUAUCAACGAAUGUGACCGCUGCUGUGUUUCCCCAGGUAUCAACAAGCCUGGUGAGUGUCCCGCCAUCCUUCCAAAUAUUCACAUAUUUUGUGACAGACUCUGCUCCAGCGAUGCCAGCUGCCCGGGCACUCAGCGCUGCUGUCCAACUUCUUGUGGGCAGCAAUGUCAACUCCCAGAAGGAGAUUCUUCAGGAUAUUGCCCACUGGUGAUUCAUCCACCCAGCGGCAGAAAUGGCCCUCUUUGCUACACGGACUGCAACAGCGACUGGGAAUGCAACGCUGGUUCUUCUCUUCCCCAGAAGACGUGCUGCCCAUUUGGGGACAGGAAGCUGUGUGUGGAGGCUGUGGAAGAACACCCUGGUGUGUGUCCCAGGAGAGUCGAAGUGUUCCCCUUUGUUCCCUGCAACAACACCUGCAGUGAUGACCGUGACUGCCGCCUGACCGAGAAGUGCUGCUUCACCGGCUGCAGCCGAGGCUGCCUGCCUUCAGUGCGAAGUGACCAGUGUCAGUUGCCUCGAAACCAGGGCAGCUGCUCAAAGGAGUUGCAACACUUCUACUAUGAUCCGGAGGAGAAGAAGUGCAUCUCAUUUGUCUACCAUGGCUGUGAAGGCAACAGCAACAACUUUCCGACCAGGGAGCUGUGUGAAAAGGCCUGUGGGAAGAUCAGCAAAGAGGUUUGCAAACUGCCAGCAGACCCAGGUCGUUGUUUAGCAUAUUCCGAACAAUAUUACUACAACUGGAAUACCAAGAAAUGUGAAACAUUUGUUUAUGGAAUGUGUAACGGCAACGGCAAUCGCUUCGCCACAAAACUGGAGUGCCAAAUGGUCUGUGGUGAAUUCGGGCAACAGCAGCAGCAGCAGCAACAACAAGACCCCCAAGAAUGAGUCCCUCUUUAGCAUCCCUGCGUGGAAGCAUGUGCCUUGGAGCGGAGACCGCCGCCCCAGUUGCUUUCCUGUUUGCGCUUGCCUUCUCGGGAAUAAAGACAUGGCUUUUCCUGCAU